AUGUGGCUACGAACUGCAAUGUCGCGUACAGAGCCAGCUCCACUGUGGCUGGAUAAGGUCUUCCCUGCCUCCUUCCCCUGUGCAAACGUCCACAUCACGACCGGACAAUGCGGUAAGGUCGGCGUCAAAACAUGUACGAACUGCUAUAUGGUCUUGUACUGUAGCAAAGAAUGCCAGAAACGUCACUGGGCUAAACACAAGGCCGACUGCAAGUCUAGUCUGAUGAAGACGACGUGGCGGCCGUCUUGGGAAGCGGAACAGCGGCAGCCACACUUUGUAACAAACAUUACCUCGGUCGCAGACUUGGCUACGACGCACGGCAAGCAGAAAUUCCUCUGGGGCAACGUGCCUGCCCUAGACGUGCUCAACCUCGAUGCCAACGAGGGAAUCCACUACAAAAAUGACAUCAACAUACUCUUCGCCGCCUCCGGUGACCUACGUAACGUUGUCAAGACCAUCACCAACAUCCCACCCGCCUACGCCCCGCCAUCCCUCACCGCCGUCCUCAACGACCGCGAUAUCGACAUCGUCGCCCGUAACGCCGUCCUGCUCCUGGCCGCCCUGUACAUCGAUAAUAACAUCGUCGCCGCCGCCGCAAUGCUGCACACAUGGUACUCGGCGCUCAUCCCGGCGGGCGUCCUGCAGCAGCUGCGCGCCACGGUGCUGCCGCUCAUCCAGGACGUAUGCGCCAAGAUUGCCGACAAGCCCGCGGACCGGGCGCUAUCCAAUACGUUCACCCGCGGCGGUUCGUGCAACUCGACGCUGCGGCUCGUGCUCGAAAAGCGCUGCUGGGUCGCGCUGCUGGGAUACCUAGAGCCACCUAAAUGGCGGGGCGCGACGAUGCGGUUCCGAAGGGAUGGCGUGGUAUUGCCGUUUGGGACUGCGAUGGGGCCGGUGUUUGAUACGCCGAAUCCGACCUUCUUCCAGGAGCGCGGCGUGUGGCCGAUGAUGGACAGCGCGGAUCCGCUCAACGGUUGGUCGAUGGACGACAUCUUGCAGAGCACACCGCUGGCUAAGAACGACCUGUACGGCGGCUUGUUCUUCCAUGUGAGGAAGCUGCUCGUGGACUUCUGCGCCAAGCUCAAGACGAUGAAGAUCAGCUUCGUGCUGCUACACAAGGAUGCUGCUGAGCUGCCCAAGAUGCUGGCAACUGACUUGCAGCUGACGCAGUUAUUCGACCGGAUCGAGAUAUCUAACAUCGCGGAUCGCUUCUAUCUGGGGCUGGCCGCGUCCCUGCGCACCUUCGCGCCGCUCCUCCGCCCGCCCAACGAGAACCCGGACGCGACGCUACUGACGCUCUUCAUGAACGCCAUUAGUGAAGUCGAGACGCAGCAAGAUUCUAUGGCUACCAUGUUUCGCAUGACGGACCGCGCAGUGAGAUCCUUUCUGCUCCAACGCCACUCCAACCACCAGAACACCGAAGCCGUGAGGUACGCGUCUGUGAUGACAGCUUUUAAGGACUUUGAUGGCCUGUUUGAGCGGUACAGACAUGUCUGCUCGUUCGAUGCCGUGGCCCGGGCUGCUCGGGUCGAGGAGAAGCCCGUACACACCAUCGCCGCGCCCUGGCCCUUGAGGUUGGGCGAGUAUGCGACCAAGGCUGAGUUUGACAAGUUGAUGGCAUCAGGUCAUCGUGGAAAUGAGAGAUACGUGGAGUGGCAGAGGCUGCCUGGGGCCUUAGGUGGAGGAGAAGAAGCUGAAGCUCUGCCCGGUAAUCAGUGCGUGGCUGGCUGA